GUGCCGAGUAACCGAUCCUUGGCCGAAAGUGCGCGACAACGCUCGACGAAUAAGUACGAGAAUAUCCGAAGCUAAACUGACGAUGAGCGGAGUUGUAGAGUGACGACGACGACAUGUUUGCGGGGUUCGACCUCUACAAAAUUGACAUCGAGAUUUGAAUACGAUAUUGUUGUUAAUAGAUCAGCGUGAUUAAUAAACGAUAUUUUGUAUCGUUAGCUGACAAUGAUACAUCAUAAUAUGUAGUGAAACGUGACGUGACAAAUCAUUUGGAAAAUCAGUCAGUGGUGAGCAGAGUGAGUGAGUGAGCGAGUGUGUGUGUGUGUGUGUGAGCGCGCGCGCGCGUGCGUUUAUGUGUACAAUAACGUGUUAUAUCUCGAGAAACGUGGGCAAUUUAUAUAUGUAUGCAGCAGUAGAGAAACGUGCGUGCGUGCGUCUGCGUGCGUGCGUACAUACAGUGUAUACGUAUGUGUAUAUAUGUGUUUAUCACGCGUAAGAGCUUUGUAGGUACACAUACAUACACACAAACGCGCGCGCGCUCGUAUACACAGAUAUAUAAUAGGAAGAAACGUAGCGAAGGUGUGUAGAGGCUGGCAAAUCGUUUUCCGACCGCUGACCAGUUUCACAACAAUCAUUUCCUUUUCUUCCUUUUUUCCCUACUACAUAGCCUAUUUCCCUCUGUAUCUGUCCCCCCACUUUGUAACCGCGAAUAUCUCCUGAUAUUCGUCUGGCCGACAGUGACCGCCGUCGCGGCGUCGCGUCGGUGUCGUCAACGGUCCCGUUGAAAAUAUGCUUGGCAUAGAAGCGUUAGCGGCAUCAGUGUCGUGGUUGGUACUGGUGCUAGCGUUGGUACUGCUGGUGGUGCUAGUGCUGGUGUUGAGAAUGGUCUAGCGCGGGUGUGCGCGCGCGGGUGCUACCUCGACACAGUGCGGACGGUGGCUUUAGAUUCGAAGCUGCGGAAGAAAGGCCGCGAACUCGGCCCUGCUUCGAUGGCCUGAUAUACACUACGAGACGCGUAUAUGAAGCUACACUGCCCUGACUCGUCGAUGGGCGUGCGGGGGUGACUGGAGUGAUGGGAUGGGGCUAGAGCCCCAUGGAGUUCGGGUAGACCCGUCUCCAGCCCAACUCCCCAGCCCCCUCCGCCAUCGAUAUCGCCACAGCUCCUGUCAGCGUCGCAGAGGGCCGCCACGAUCGCGAUGGAGGCCUCUAAUAAUCAACAACAGAAGAAGGAGCCACGCGUUCACAGGCCUUACGCCUUCGACAAGAUGGAGGGGCUGGUGCGGGAGAUGCAAGACCCUGAGAACGGGGUACCCGUGCGCAGCCAAAAACAAUUUCUCACCUCAAUUCCCUCAGCUUUCAUGGGUGAGUGCCAUCGGUAUCUACGUUGUGGAGUAAACGUAAGCGGCCAUCACGGCCAGGACACUACAGUAGGCUGCCUGCGUGUUGCAGGUUACGAUCUCAUCGAGUGGCUGAUAGAGCGGCUUUCUAUCGAGGAAUCAGAGGCGGUCCAUAUUGCCAAUCAGCUCUGCCAGUAUGGCUACUUCUUCCCGGUGAAUGACUCCAAGACACUCACCGUAAGGGAUGAUAGUUCUCUGUAUAGAUUUCAGACACCAUGUUAUUGGCCAUGGCAACAUAGAAUCCCCGAUAAUGUGGAAUAUGCUAUUUAUCUGGCUAAAAGAACUCUAAGAAACAAACAGCGACAUGCUCUUGAAGAUUAUGAAAUUGAAGCUUUGAACAGCCUACGUAGGAAUUUGCAAAACAAAUGGGAUAUUAUACAACUACAAGCCGAAGAACAGGUCCGCUUAGCAAAGGAGCGAAAAAAGGGGGACAAGAUAGUAAGCGAUUCUCAAGAACGAGCAUUUUGGAGAGUUUACAGGCCACCACCCGGUUGUCUAAGUAGUCUUGAAGUAGCACCCGUACCUACACGUUUUCGUCCUGGACUUUCACGUCCUCCAUCACGUAAACGCACUUUAACCGAUCUGCAACGCGAGGUGGCCCUUUUGAAGAACAGUUUAACGCGUACAAGGAUAAAGGUUUCGGCUGCGAUCGAAAAUUUAAAAUCAUACUUUGAAACAUACGUGGAAUACGAUCCGAUGUUUAUACAGCCACAACCUUCAAACCCAUGGAUCACCGACGAUCAAACAUUUUGGCAGCUAAACAGUCCUGUGGUGGAUCUUCCUACGGAAAAACGCGUCAAGCGCUGGGCAUUAUCGAUGGAAGAGUUAAUGUCUGACCCAACUGGUUUGCAAGAGUUCACAAAUUAUUUGAGGAAAGAAUAUAGUCAUGAGAAUAUACGAUUUUGGUUAGCAGUUAAAGAUUUGAGACAUAGUUUUCAAGCACAAAUACCCGACAAAGUCAACGAAAUCUUCAAAGAGUUCCUCGCACCCGGAGCACCUUGCGAAAUAAACAUAGAUGGAAAGACAAUGGAAAAAGUACAUCAAGAAAUGAGAAAUCCAAAUCGAUUUAUAUUUGAUUCCGCCGCUGAACAUGUGUAUACGCUACUUCUGAAAAAGGAUUGCUAUCCUAGAUUUAUUCGUUCGGAUCAAUAUCGAAAUACCUUAGCUGCCGGUGUGCAACCUUUGCAAAAAAAGUGGUUUUUUAGCUUUGGUGGACAAACAAAGAAGAAAAUUUCUUCGACUUCGACUUCGAUUUCGACUUCGACUCCGACUCCAACGACCAGCACUUUGCAGCACCAUGCUGCAGGUAGUGCAGCAAGCGGUAGUAAACGAAGGGGAAGCGAUCGGAGUCUAUCUGGAUCAGCUCACGAGCUAGCCGUCUGUGGUGUUCGAGAUACAACUUCGAUGCCUAGAGUGCCACAUUCUCACAGUCAGUCGAACCUCACCGAUAUCCCAUAUAGGGAUGCUGGCACAUCGGAAGCUGUAGUUCGCCCUAUGGACGACGUUUGCCCGUGGGACGUGGUUCCAGGACCGAGUAUAGAGCAGCACGCCAUAGAUACCACACUAUCACACCAUCCAAUAUCAUCUGGAGUAACGUCGUCGGUUGAAAGUCAAGCGGAAGAAGGCAAUAAUUUGAGUGCGCAGUCACAGUCUAUCGAGGUUACACGUGCAUCUCGGAAAAAUUCAUCGCAAUUAGAUUCCUGUAGUUCCUCGUCUGAUGUCAGUUUAGUGGUAGCGGAAGUCUCUGAACAUCUUCGAAAGUCUUGUAGUUUGCAACACAGUAGUAGCACAGCCGGCAUGACGACCACCGAACGAAUCGGCAUAACAACGCGAAAUUAUUCCAUCGGCUCGACUAGCGGAAGAACGAAGCUCUCAGAGAUCAGUCGACCGUCCGUUUUGUCUUGUAAUUAUCCGUCGCCACAACAUUCGUUCGAGUAUUCUCAUAUGACAACUGACAGAUCGGAUGUGUCUACGACAGGGAAGUGUAUUACCGAAGAGUCUCAAACUAGUACGACGUUAAAGUCUCUCGAGGAGGAACUGACGACGAAAACUUCAACCAAGGCUCCCUUAAUAAGCAUUAGCGCGAUCGUGGGGGAUCUACCGAGCGACAAUUCUACGGUUGAAGUCGAGGAAAAAACGAACGGCGAUCAUGCGCCGGUAAUAAAGGAAGAGAUAGAAAUUGAGGGAAGAAGGCAAAAGCUGGAGGCUGCCGAAGGUGAUGCAAUGGCGGCAGUUAUAGCCGAAGAAAGUUUGGCAAUUUCCGCUCUCGUAAAAACGGAAACGGUGGAGUCGCUGGAAGAGGCGCAGGUUGUUCCUGUUUGGGAGCCGGACACCAAACAGGAUGAUCAAUUAGCACCAGUUACUCAACCAGCUCCUCAACAAAAGCGUGACAAUAACGUUAACGAAGUAUGCCCGUGGGAAGACGAAGAAAAUUGUAGAGUGGAUGCACCCUAUGUGAAAACAUAUGCAACUUUAGGUUAUUUGUAACUUGGUAUGGUACUAAACAUACAUUCUACAUAUAAACAUUCGCAACUUCAAUUUCCAUUUUACUUCACUUUUGCCAAGUUCGAGUGCCCGAGCUAUCCAGGAUAUCGAGUAUUAUGUUUUUGAAUUGUUCGAUUUAUCAUUUUCAAUUUCGAAAGGAUUGAAAAUUGAAUUAUUUUUCAUCUGUAACAUUUGUCGAGAUAUGGAAUCGUCUUAAUGGGAAAGAACGAAAAUAUUGAAAGUAAGCAAAAGGAAAGAUACUUGUGUGUCUAACGAUAAAACACCGCCACCAUAAUUCUAUGGUAGUAAUCUAAUAGAGUAAUCUCAAAUGUGUAAAUAAUGAUAAAGAUUUCAGCACGAUGUGAUGUGUAAAAAAUUCCGUUUUGUCUGGAAUUUCGGCACAAUUUCGGUACAAUUUCGGUACAAUUUCGGUACAAUUUCGGUACAAUUUCGGGAUAGCAUAACGUAAAAGUAUAUUCAGUAAGAUUCUCAAUUUCAUUUUCUUGUCAAUCUAUGUAAAUUUGAACGAACCAUUUCGUUUUCUGUUUCCGAUUCGAUAAUCUACAUGAAAGUUGUGCGAUCUGUUGACUAAAGAGCUGUGACAGAUAUAGUUACGUCAGUUUGCUGAAUGCAAUGAAUUAUAAUUAAUACGUACAUGUUAGCCAAUUAAGAAAAUAAACAUAGUGGACAAGAUGACACGAAUUUUUUAAUAAAGGAUAAAGUCUCUAAAGCGAUUUGUUUCGCAAAAGUAUUAAAUGCAAAGAUGCGUCCUAUGGGAGUUAGUCAAUCAUGAGCCCUUUGACCGCUCCCUUAGCUCGCAAACUUCUUUAAUGCUACUUACGGAUAACUUAAUAAACCGUAAAAAGUUCUUUAUUUGAUUUAUUAUAGACGAUUAAUCAUUUUCUAUAAACGAACGUUCCUUACCAAAGAAAAAUGUCACGAUCACGUACAAUUGAAUUCCAAUAUUGGUGUAUCAUUGUAUUGAAUAAGUAGUACAAUGUGACAAAUUUACCAUAAAACAUCCAAGUGGUUUAGAUGACAUUGCUUCGCUUAAUAAAAUCAUUCGAAUGUUGUGACAGUUGAUUGUCAUUUAAUCUAAGUGUUAGUCAUACGUUUAUCCGAUAUGUAAUAAGUGUCGAAUCACAAGUAUUUAAUGUAACUUUAGCCCGCUUACGGCCUUAUAUUACGAUAUAACGGCUGGCUAACGGUUAAAUUUUGAAAAGUACAGGUAAAACGAAGCUAUUCGACUUUGAUCGUAGAUACUUGACGUGUAUUUGUAAAUCGUUACUACUUGCUGUUCGUAAUUAGAUCGAGUUAAAAUUAAAUAGGGAAGAAAAGAAUCUUGAAACAAGAGCGUAAUAAUAACGAUUCGUUUGUUUGUUACAGAGAAUAUCGAAUCUUGUUCUUGAGAAAGAGGGAUGGAGGGAGAAUGGUUUUCUCGAAAUGUAGUCAUUUAUUGUGUCUACAUAAUAUCAUUUAUAAGUAUAUACUAUGACUGGGUUCUGGGUACUGUUACUGCCCUAGUACCCAGAUCCCACGAAUCAAUUCGAUUAACUUAAACUCAAGUAUAUAAGAAAAAUUUAACAAAACUACAUACUGCACGUGAACUUGAUGACGCAAUUUUCCUUCUUUAAUAAACUUAAUCGACUGGUUGUUAAAUACUAUAAUGGAAAUGUUGUAUCGUAAAAUUUAGAAAGAUAAUCUUAAUAAGAGUGCACACUUGGUAAAACAAAAAGCACACUUGUUACGUACUUUACGUAAUACGUAACAUAAUUAAUGAAAAUAUUAAUUUGCCUGUAGAUUACGUAACAAAAAGACUCGAUUAACAAUCACAAUACGAGAUAAAGGCAUAAGAAUGCGAGACAUCGUGCUACUAUUUUUAAUAAGUAUUAACGAAUUCCAUCGGUAAUUCCGUUUUUGAAUCGAAGAAACAUUGAAACUGAAAACACGAAUUAAAAUAGUAAACGAACGAUAGUAAAAUUUCAUUAUUUCUUAAUAUAUGAAUUAAUUUCAGCUAUUAAAACACACACACUAUUGCAUAUACUACAUGUGUGUGUGUGUGUGUGUAUAUAUAUAUAUAUAUAUAUAAAGUUUCAAUUUAUUUGCCACAUGUUUGAAACGAAUGUUUUUUUUAUCGAUAAAUAGGUAUUUGUUAUAUCGUAUAUAUGGAAAGUACAUACUCCAUGAAUAUAUGGAGUAAAAUUUAAAGUAGCGGCGAGCAUUCGUUUAGAAACGAUAGUAAUAAAUUUCGAACGAAAGUUCGGGCACUCGAGAUUAGUUUUAAGAAAUGUAACAACGUAUUCAUGACGAUCGUACUGUUAAUUCAAGAGCUCAAUUUAACUACCGUGAAGGUCCUUACGAAAACUACAUAGUUGAUUAGUUAGAUAAAAACAACAUGUUACAGUCCCUGUGGAAAUGAAUAUAUUAUACGAAUCAUAAUGAAUACGGUAUAGGUAUCGAGAUUAUUCUGUUAGUCGCGGAAUUUGCAAAGAUAGGUUUAAUGUAUGACUGACAAUGGAUCUUAUUUACGAACUCCAAUGACUCGUAAAUAGAGACGAUUCCGAUUUGACUUACGCAUAAGUAAGUAUAUACCAUCUUGUAAAAGAAUUUCGUUCGGCGAAGCAUGCAACAAUUAUUAUAACAGAUAAGCUUCGAAACGAACCAAAAGCUAUUUUUGUUCUCUUUUUGCAGAGACAUUUUAUACACAUAAUACAUAAUGCAUUAUCGUUCCGUCGUUAGAAUUUUAAUCACAGAUCAUAGAUAGAUAGUUCUACUCGCUAUCGUUUAACUAACUCACUCGUCGUCGUCGUCAUUGUAUAAGGGGCAAUCGAAAGGAUCGUUGUGCGUCCUGAAUCUCUAAGCGCCAUCUGAUUUCACGUUUUCCUUUCUACAUAUGUUAACAACGUAUGUUUUCGUAUUGAUUGGUCAAAUGAAAAAUUUAAUCGAGAAAUAAAAAUGUCACGGUAACGAAUCAGUGUGUGUAUCAGUUGGCGAUUAUUUUUUCGUUAGCGACUACGUACGACGCGACAAGACGCAACGCGCGCGUCGCGUAGCAACGAUAAUAACAGUAUUACGAAUGAAAAGACAGUGUUCAUAAACGACAGCAAAGUACAACAAGCUAUAGCGAUCGAUAAUUAUUUUGAUAUUAUUAUUUUAAAAAUAAAUAUCGAUAUGUAUCGUUGAGUAAAUUUGUACCAAAUAUUUCGUAUAAUUCUUUAUUGUUUUUUAAAGGCACUAAUCGUAUAAUAAUUUAUAAUAUCUAUAUUUUAGAGAUAGCGCAAGGGAUAUUUCAAAAUCCAGUUGUAUGUGAGUACACUGGAUACUCAUUAGCAAGUACAUAGAAAAUUUCAGCAUGAUAGCUCACCAUUGUAUUUCCUAUUCUAAGCUAACGGUAAGGUGUCGUCGUUAUCUGUCAUGGAAAUUACCUUGUGCGAUAUAAUAGGGAUUUGAUUGGCGAAUGACCGUCAAGUUUUCGGGCAAAGAAAAGCACAAACAGAGAAUCAAAAGGAAGAAAUACUAUUUUUUAAUUGGUCAUACCGCGUAGAUUAUGUUGCUCGUUGUAUUUUAUUUAACACGUAGUGUUAAAUAAAACGAUGCCCUCGUGAGAGGCGUUAAAGGAAGAAGCCGUUUAUCGAACAUGUUGGAACGUUAAGGAUGUUGCCACCUGCAUCGUGUAUGUGUCAUUAGUUUGGAAUCAUUCUUACUUUCGUACUCUUAUUUUCAAUUCUCACAUACAGCACACAUGCAGCACACAUACAGCGAUCGUGCCGAAACAAUGGCGAUUUCUCCUAUUAGGAUCUCUAGCGAAGGAAUUAUCUUGAUCUCCAGUCGAUUUAAAUUCACUUACAAUUCGAUUUUCUUAAUCACGUGCAAAGCGAAACAAUCACAUGUUUGUUUCGUCGGUUUUUGUUUCUUCCCCAGUUUUAGAUUCGCCAAUAGUACAAAUAUAACUUAAAGUAUAGCGUAAUUUACGGGUAAGCCUGACUCAGACAUGAUCUAGACCUGACCCAAACAGUAAAUAUUUUUUAUGAGUUAUUUAAGAAAAUGAAAUUGGCGUUCACCGGAAAAUAGAGAUUUAUUCGAUUCGAUUCGAUUCGAUUAUCAAUUAUCGAUUAUUGGAACUAUAUAUAUAUACAUAUAUUUGGAAGUAAAAGCCGUAAAAUAAAAAUUACCAAGUUUAAGAGUUUGCGACGAUUUCUCUCUCAAUUAUCUAAUAUCUGAUAGACAACUAGAUGAGAAUGAGCCAUGUUUACCAGGAAAAGACUGAAAAUGUACCUGAAACUCACCCCUCCUUCGAAAAUGCAUGUUGCGAAUUCUAAGACUAAUUAAGUUUUAGAAUAACUAGUAUUGUGUCUCAUCGUUUUGAUAAAAAGAAUAAAGCAAAGUAAUAAUAAAAGAAUACAUCGACAAGGACGAAGAAGAUAAUUAAGCGAUAUAGGUGAAAAAAGGGGUGAUCGAUUCAAGAUUUCAGCGAUCCUUGAUAUGUCCCGAGAUGUUUCAUCUGUAUUUUGUAUUAGAUCGAUCCAUCUUCACGUCAUUUUAACAAGUGUGCUAAACAUGUGUAUCUAGUAAACUAUAUUGUUACUAGAAUUGAAAAACUAGCGUAGGGACGUUCUCAUCGCACUGAUAACAUUUAUUCAACGAUAUGCUGUUCUUUUAUCAUUGAUACGAAGGAAAAGAUCGUUUUAAUUGGAUAGAAUACACGUUUUUUUUAUAACAAUAAUUUAAAGGAAAUUUUAGUUGGAAAUAUUAACGAUGAAACGCAAAACAUGGAUGAAACUUUGAGAAAUUUUAAGAGAUCGAAUAAGAUUGCAUUCGAAACGCGUUCCAAUAUGUUUUUGUAUUUUAAGGAUUGUUUUCGUGUCGUGGUACUUGAUAAUGAAUUACACGUACAUCGCGUAUAGACAAAGAAAGAUUAAAAAUAACCUUUCACGGACAGUGUGUUGUCUAUACUGAUCUUAAUAAUUAGAAGGAUUCGUGAUGAAAAAUGAAAAUAGAAGUAACAAGAGGUAAAGGAAGGAUCGAUCGAAUAGAUGUCAGCAUGAAACUGUGUAUAUACGUAUUGGUUUCGAAAGUUUCUACAAUUGAGAAAUAAUAAAAAUUGUGGAUAUUAACGCAGAAUAGAAUGAAGAAUGGUUUCUCGAGAAUAGAAUCCGAGUACGGGUUUCAUUGCAUUCUAAGUCAAUCGUGGACGUUAGAUAGUUGCUUAAACGAUAUUAGAAUGUAUAUGUAAACGAUGGAAAACGAAGUAUGACGACCCUUAUAUUAAAUAAGUUGUGUUAGCGACUUGCGGUGCGUCUAUCACAACUUGUUUUAAAGUUAUAUUAAUACGUUGAACACACUAUUGUUCACUGAUUAACUAUCCGAUUACUAAUCCAAUUACAUAUAUAUUAAAGUACAUGCAAAAGAAUGAAACAGAUCAAACAUGUUACUACAUAUUUAGACACUUGAAGACGUAUUAUAGAGAAUAUAAAAGGCUUUAGUGUAUAUAUGUAGUUUUGUAAAGUAUUAAUAAUGUAUAGACCUGGAAAAAGACGUACAGUGUUGAAUCGACGAAAUAUAUUGUUGAUAUUAAUCGAGGCCGAUAUGAAUUACAAGUUUUCACUGUAAAAUCGAAAUUCAGUUGACACAAUGCGAUGUGUACACAAGCGCGCAAAUAUACGUAUAAUGCGCGUGAAGGGAGGUGUUGCAUUGAGAACAUUUGCGACAUGUAAUUAAAUAAAUGAUCGUUUCGUUAAAUGUAACUGCAUUUACGCGUACGAAGAUAUGUAUGCGUAUAUGUAUACACGCAUAUGCACACGUAUACAUAAAAGCAAAGAGGAUGUUAUUCGUUACAUAUAUAAUAUGUGAUACAUGCGUAAUAUUUUAAGCUGUCAAUAGAAUGUCCUAAUACUAAAUAUACUAUAGUGAGAUUAAA